ACAAUCUCAUAUAGCUAUCAUGACAUUUAGGAAGCUACAUUAAAACACAAAAUAUUCUUUGAGUAAUAUUUGAAAAAAUUUUAAGUUAAAUUUUGACCGUUCCAAUGAACCGUCGCUGUGUAGUCUGCGGCAAAGAGUUUGCCAAUGAUGCCGUCGAUUCCGCCUAUCAUUAUCCUAAAAAUGAGAAGGAAGCUCAGAUUUGGCAGAAGAGUAUGGGAGCCUUCGGUACCGCUGUGGAGAGUAUUGAGAAAUGUUGCUGUGUCUGCAUUGAACACAUACCCCAAUUCGUGGAACGUACUCAGAAGGAGGCGUCACUCAUUAAGGAGCAAUACAAGGGGGAUAAAUGGAUAAUGCCACAGUUAAAUCGGCCUUCGCUCCAGGUGCUUCUCCUGUCGGGUGCUACGCUGUCACCUUGUUUCGACAUAUCCAAAUCAGGAUGCAAUGGCCAUCAGGAGGAUGGCUUAGACGAAGAAAUCUUCGUGAGUGAAUCCAGCUAUAAGGAUUGUGGUCUCCCCUUGCCCGACAUUGAGGUCCCCGAAGCGACUGUGCUGUCCAUGCACAACGAAAAUAUGGCAAAAAACAAUCUGCAAUGCGGAGAUACUAGUUGCCUAUGCAAUUGCACGGAUGUCUUGUUGCUGGGACGCAGCCAAAAGCAUCCAUGCAAAUGCGAGGCAUCUCCCCAAAAGCCGCAGACAGAGAACGUUAUGGAGUGCAACGGCGUAGAGUGUCAAUGCCAGAUGCGCAUGCAGAUGGGUGAAAUAAUCAAACAGCAACAACAGCGCAUCGUCGAGCUAGAGAGUAUGAUCUGUCGACAGAAUGAAUGGUAUAUAGCGUUACAGCAGAAGAUGAAUGAGUUAUAUGCAAAUUUUGACCUCAUAGACCAGAGCGAGUCAGCCAACUGCAGUCAAAAUCAUAAUCCAUGCCAAGAACAAUUACUAAGUUCAAGUGUCAAGUCUGAACACGUAAUAACUUCCAACAGAAAAGGAUUUAGGUGUCCAAGUAAUAACAUGCAGCCAGAACCGUCAGAGUGACAGAUGGUAUCGUCUUAUCCUAUACAGUGUACAUAAUAGUCUUCGAUUGGAUUGAACUGAUAAUAAAUAAACAUGUCUAACA